AUUACCAUAUCAUUGUGUGUCCAGUUUUAUUUUUAAAGUAAAGUAGUGCAGAGCUAUUGUAUGUAUAUUAGAGCACAUGAAGGGGGUUAAUCACAAGGUAAGGAUAAUAAGAUGAGUCAAAAUUCCCGACUACUCCUGAAGGCAACAAAACUUUCCCUCUUAUCAUUAGAAAGUCAGUGACCCCACAGAGGAGGACGUAACGUUAAGAAGACCAGCCGGUAUCCACUGUACACCCGAGUGUCAGAGCCGGUUUGUGGCUGGAGUUUGUUUGCAGCCAUGAACUGUCUGAGAGCGCUGCGUCUGUCAAACUCCGUAAAACUGAUCGUGAGAAAUAAAGACGCGCUGAAGAAGGAUUUCAUCAUCCAGCCAGCAUGUUGUCUGAGCACAAAAUCAACAGCGGCAUCCCUGCUCAGACCGCCUACGCACUUGGAUCCUUUCCAUUUGAAAAUGAAUGUCCAUUCAAAGUCUCCCAGCUCUGGAGUGGAGGACAUGCUCUUCUACACCAUCACAGAGGGCAAAGAGCAAGUCCCCAUUUCAUACUUUACCUCAGCACUGAAGAAAACUGGCCUUCACCCAUCAGACCCUCGUCUAAAGGACUGCAUGGAGAAGCUUCGACAGGCUGUGAAGGAAUCUGUUGGCGAGGUCAUGAUGGACAGAGACCUUUUCCACAGGUGUGUAGGUGGAAACGUCGUCCUCCUGAUCCAGGCCUUCAGAAAGAAAUUCAUCAUCCCUGAGUUUGACGUGUUUGUACAGAAGAUAAAUGAAAUCUACCACACAGUGCAAAAACAGAGUGAUGGGAAGGUUGCAGACUACAUUCCCCAGCUGGCCAAGUUUAGCCCAGAACUGUGGGGUGUGUCUUUGUGCACAGUGGAUGGCCAGAGGCACUCAGUGGGUGACACCAAGCAGCCGUUCUGCCUGCAGUCUUGUGUGAAGCCCCUGCAGUACGCCAUCGCCGUCCAUGAGGUGGGAACAGAGAAGGUUCACCGUUAUGUUGGCAUGGAGCCCAGUGGAUUCAAGUUCAACAUGCUGUCGCUCGAUGAUGAAGAUAAGCCCCACAACCCUAUGGUGAACGCUGGAGCCAUAGUGAUCAGCUCUCUUAUCAAGCCUCGUUCAAAUAAGGCAGAGAAGUUUGACUAUGUUAUGGAGUUUGUGAAAAAGAUGGCAGGCCAAGAGUAUGUGGGAUUUAGCAAUGCUACGUUCCAGUCGGAAAAAGAAACAGGCGACAGAAAUUUUGCCAUUGGAUACUAUAUGAAAGAGAAGAAGUGUUUUCCUCCGGGAGCAGACAUGAUCGAUGCCUUGGACUUCUACUUUCAGCUUUGCUCCAUCGAGGUGACCUGCGAGUCAGGAAGUAUAAUGGCUGCCACCCUGGCCAACGGAGGGAUCUGUCCAGUCACAGGCGAGCGCGUCCUGAGUGCUGAGGCAGUACGAAACACGUUGAGUCUCAUGCACUCCUGUGGCAUGUAUGACUUCUCUGGCCAGAUGGCUUUCCAUGUUGGCUUGCCGGCCAAAUCUGGGGUGUCAGGUGCAAUACUGCUGGUGAUCCCCAAUGUCAUGGGAGUGAUGUGUUGGUCUCCUCCACUCGACAGAGUUGGAAACAGCGUCCGGGGAAUACACUUCUGUGAGGAGCUUGUGUCACUCUUUAAUUUCCACAAUUAUGACAACCUGAGGCACUUUGUAAAGAAGCAGGACCCUCGCAGACAGGAUGGAGACGACAGGAACAAGUUUGUUUUCAAUUUGAUGUUCGCCGCCUACAGCGGAGAUGUGUCUGCUCUGAGAAGGUUUGCUCUUUCCUCCAUGGACAUGGAUCUGAAAGAUUAUGAUUCUCGGACAGCGCUCCAUAUCUCUGCAGCGGAGGGUCACAUAGAUGUGGUGAAGUUCCUUACUGAAACCUGCAAAGUGGAUCCAUUUGUAGAGGACAGGUGGGGGAACCUACCAGUCGAUGAUGCCAUGCAGUUUGGGAAUGAUGAGAUAGUCAAGGUGCUGAAAGACUACGAGCAGGUCUGCAGGCAGCACCCUGAGGCUCAGCAUUCCCCAAAGCUGGACACCAUCGAGGGCAUGGUGUGAUGUUUUAAAAAAAAAAAAAAAAAAAAUCCUCCAGCUUUAACAUGUCAGGGCAUUUGUGCAAUCUGCCAAGUUUUGAAAUAUAAGGCCUUGUUUGUAGCACAUGCAAAAGUUUAGUAAUAUUCAAAUUGAGGGUAGCAGAGCAGAUUGAAUGAACAGAAAAGAUGGAUAUUUCUACUUAGAAUGCUUCUUAUUACAUACUACAGUAUAUUUUUACUGUUUUCUAUUUUUAUUUUUCUAUUGUGCCUUGUUGAAACCUUGUUCAACUAAGUUUGGAUGUAAAAUCUAAGAUUUGAUUUAUUGUAAACGGUAGGCAAGGGAAGGAAUUGUACAUGAUAACAAAAAAUGUUAUGUCAGAUAUAUUGUAUAUAUUUUGUUCUUCAGCUGUAAAUAAGUACACUGGAUUCCUGAUAUAUUAUUAUACAAAGUGUCAUAACAUUUAUGCAUAUUUUAACUCUGCAUGAACACCAAAGUCCAAAGCAUAAUUCAUUAUGUGCAAUGUUUUGACAUUAAAGACAUUCAUUAAAUGUUUUAUUUAUCUGUCA